UUUUGGAAGCAACAAAGUAGGAGUGAUAUGCUUGAUUUUGUGUUGCGUGGUCCCUUACGCAGGUUUUUGUUUUGAAAACUCGAAACCAGAUUACAGUAGUAUCUUUGUUGCGUGUAGGGAAGCGAAGCAGAGAAAAAUAGAAGAGUAGAUGGUGGGUGAAACGGCAACGGGGAAGUCGGUUGGUUUAGGUUUGGGAUGUGACCCAGUGGUGGGAUCCUUGACUUGUUCGAAGAAGAGGGAAUACAGAGUCACCAAUCGCCUCCAAGAGGGAAAGCGCCCUCUAUAUGCCGUCAUUUUCAACUUCAUUGACUCCCGCUACUUCAACGUUUUCGCCACUGUUGGUGGCAAUAGGGUCACUGUUUAUCAAUGUCUUGAAGGAGGAGUUAUUGCUGUUUUGCAAUCUUAUGUAGACGAAGAUAAGGAUGAGUCUUUUUACACAGUGAGUUGGGCGUGCAAUGUUGAUGGCACCCCAUUUGUUGUGGCUGGAGGAAUCAAUGGGGUCAUGCGAGUCAUUGAUGCUGGCAGUGAGAAGAUACACAAGAGUUUUGUUGGCCAUGGAGACUCCGUAAAUGAAAUCAGGACCCAAACAUUAAAGCCAUCACUUGUGAUCUCGGCAAGCAAAGAUGAAUCUGUCCGGUUAUGGAAUGUUCAUACUGGAAUAUGCAUUUUAAUAUUUGCGGGAGCUGGAGGACAUCGUAAUGAAGUCCUAAGUGUUGAUUUUCACCCAUCAGACAUAUAUAGUAUUGCUAGUUGUGGCAUGGAUAAUACUGUAAAAAUAUGGUCUAUGAAGGAGUUCUGGACAUAUGUAGAAAAAUCAUUUACAUGGACAGAUCUUCCUUCUAAGUUUCCCACAAAAUAUGUCCAGUUUCCUGUAUACAAUGCUUCAGUUCAUUUAAAUUAUGUUGAUUGUAAUAGGUGGCUGGGUGAUUUUAUCCUCUCAAAGAGUGUUGACAAUGAAAUUAUCUUGUGGGAACCUAAAGUGAAGGAACAAACUCCAGGGGAGGGUGUAGUUGACAUCCUUCAGAAAUACCCUGUUCCCGAGUGUGAUAUCUGGUUCAUCAAGUUUUCUUGUGAUUUCCAUUUCAACAUAGCCGCAGUAGGUAACAGGGAAGGGAAGAUUUUUGUUUGGGAAUUGCAGUCAAGUCCUCCUGUACUUGUUGCAAGGUUGUCACACCCUCAAUCAAAAUCUCCAAUCAGGCAGACUGCUACGUCCUUUGAUGGAAGUACUAUAUUGAGUUGCUGUGAGGAUGGCACAAUAUGGCGCUGGGAUGAUGUUACAAACUCCUCAGACUAAGUUAUCUACCUACUAUACAAAUCUGAUGUACCAAUAUCACUGAUUAAGUCAUUAAGUAAGUGUGUGAAUCCGCGGGUGCUUCCUCAAGCAAAGUUAAUGUUUGUUUUGAAGUUCUGUAUGAUUCCUCGUUUAUGAGAUUUGGCAAUGGAGAAAGUCAUCUACUACCAACACCACCAUCUCUACUAACCUUUUCAGAAGACAAAAGCUUGUCAAUGCCUUCACUUCCUGCAAAUCACCAUAUCAUAACACAAUCAAUUCUACUCCACAUAAUAAUGGUGAUAUUAUGAAAAGGUAUAAAUAACUACUUGUUGCAUUAGCUUCACCAUGAAAAAUUAAUUGAUUUUUUCUUACCAUAAGACCGUUCCAAAUUUUUGCCAAAACAAUUUUUUUGGCCGAUGGCCAAAGGCUUUGAAUGUAAAACAGAUAUUAAGUGCUCCUAGGAACAAUAGUGUGUGCAAGCCAUUUGACGUGCUCAAACGUUAACCUCAAUCAAGUCUCCAAUUCUCGGGAAGCUGCAGACAAUUGCUAUUACAUGUAACCAUUGUAUUGUGAUUUUGUCAUUCCGAUGGAAAAGUAGUUCUCACACACCAAAUUAAUGUUAGGAAUAUAGUAUUUUCUAACACUUUUUUUUUAGACGAAGACUAUUUCAUUUCAUUAGUAAUAAGAUGGGAAAUACAGAUUGGAACAUAA